AGUUUAAACGAUCCACGCUGCCAAAUGUAGUCCACUAGCAGUGGUGAUAAGUGAACCAUACAUGUGUCCAAAAAGUCCUGCAAACAUAUCUCGAUUUCUUUACAACUCUUUCCCUCAAAGUUGUUGUUUGUAAACAAAUCGUAUUCUACAACGUUUUGCACGUGAUUUGUCCCUUCCAUUUCGCAGUCAAAAUAUGAGAAUGCGCUAAGAUUCAACGCUUUAACUUGAAUAUAUUCUUUCGUUGAAUCCUGUGGUUGAAACGAUGAAGCUAUGUUAAAAGAAAGGAGCACAGUCUGUAAAAUCACAUGACCAGUUUCAGCUGCUACGAUAGAGUAUAUUGUUGUGUGGUGUGUGUGUGCUGAUUCUACUGCUAGUACUUUGACUGCCCAAACUGCACUUACAAGAUUGGAAUUGGAAAGGUCUUUAAUUCCUUAGAAUAAUUUAUCUCGUCACUCAAAAUGCUUAAACCCAAGGCCCUCACACAAGUCCUAAGCCAGGCAAAUACUGGAGGAGUUCAGAGUUCGCUAUUGCUCAACAAUGAGGGCUCCCUUCUAGCCUAUUCUGGUUACGGAGACAAAGAUGCUCGGGUGACGGCAGCCAUUGCUAGCAAUAUUUGGGCAGCGUAUGAGAAGAAUGGCAAGGUGGCUUUUACAGAGGAUGACCUCAAACUAGUGCUCAUGGACUGUGAGAAUGGACGAGUUGCCAUCGCUAAGGUUGCCAAUUUGCUCCUAUGCAUCCAUGCAGAAUCAUCGGUAGGCUUUGGAAUGUUAAAGAAAAAGAUUUCAUCAUUAGCAGAAUAUCUUCAGGAACCAUUACAGACUGUAGCGUCAUCAUAGCCCAAGGCUGAACUAGUGUGUGUUUGUAGUAUAUAUAAUAAUUGUAAUAUUAUACAUAGAUAAAGCUAAUUUUUAGUGACAGUGAUAAAAUGUAUCUCAUAUAAUCUCAAUAUUGUCAUCUUUUGUCAGGAUUGCAGCCAUACAUGUUUUUUUAUGGCUGCUAUCUUGUUUGCUAUAUAUGGAAGAAACUUCUAAUAUGUGGCGACACCCAUGUCUUGUGAUAUAAGUGGGCAUUGCAAGUUACUCGAUUUCAAGUGUUUAUUUCCAAUCCGUCUAAUGCCUAUUCGUUCAAUUGCCAACUCGUCUACUAUCAUUUGGUCUACCAUCAGUUCGUCCACUAUCCACAUGGUCUAAUUGCCAAUUCGUCCACUCACUUUUUCGUCUAAUAACCAGUCGGUCCAAUAGCCAUAUAGUCCAUAUACCAUUUGGUCUAAUUGGACUAAGUGUUAAUUGUGCAAAAUGAAUGAAAAUGAAAUGGAUAUUAGACCAACUGGUUAUGAGACAAAAUUGUCAUAGAUGAAAUGGUGAUUAGACAAAGUGAUGAUUGGACCAAAUGAUUAUUGGACCAAGUGGUUGUUAGACAAAAUGUUGAUGGACAGAAUGGCAUUAGAUUAAAUGAAAGGAGACCAUAUGGCGAUUGGACGAUUUGGCAGUAGACAAAUUUACCAUUGCAAAUGUAUUUGGGUUCCCUAAAUCAAUUGCUUGUCUUGCAAUUAUGAAUUUACAAUUGAUUGCUGAUAUGAUUCUUGCAAUGAAGAGUGUAAACUGGGCCUCAUCUUACAAAGAGUUACAAUUGAUCCAAUCAAUCCCAAAUCUAUGGAAAUCCAUCGCUGUCAACAAUUUUUCUCACAGAAAAUUUGCACAAUGUCCUUUAUAAACAAAGAGAAGCACACUGAAUUUUCAAGAAAACAAUGAAUAUAUGAAUGUACAUCAUAGUCAGAGAAUAUUUUGAAAAAAAAACAUGCACAAUAGUUGUUGAUUGCUUUCCAUAGUUGUGGUUGAUUGGAUCAAUCGCAACUCUUUGCUACACCAAAAGUUUAUGAAUCGUACAUUCAAAAUUGUAACAGAAAUUUGCGAUUGAUUGCAAAUAUUUUCAUGCUAAACCCUAUGACCCAAUAUGUUGUGAUUCCAAUGUCUUGUGACUGAGUGUCUUAAAUCUUAACCGAGACUUUCACAGGGUAAAAUGAGGCCCAUAGCAAGGUAUUGCCAAACACCCUAUAGAUAUUGCAGCCCCAUAGUAGUAGGAUUUGAGUCCUUUAGUUUCAGAUUUCAAGCAAUUUUGUCUGAGAGGCUGUUGUCUCAACUCCUGUUAUAUGUGAAAUGUUUGGAGGAAAAAAAAUCAGCAUUUGUUUAAUAUUUGAUAAAACCAGGUUUUAUUUCUACCAGUCUUUUGCCACGUGAUCCUUUUCUAUUAAUACAAAUGAGACCUCCACAAUAACAUAAUUUCAAGUGAUUUCUAGUUUAAUUCACAUACGACUUGGCCGUGUAGUACUCCUGAUGAAGAGUUAUUCGACAGUUACACCGAGUCCGAUGAAACCUACUCCAGGCCGGCCAUAUCUAUUAAUUAUGUCCUAUCCAAUGACAGAUCAUUUGGGUUGGAACAGGUUUUCUGUGUGUGACUGACUCUAGCAUUGCGCGGAGAAAGAGAUAACUCAAAAUUGAGAUUGAUUUAUUGCAUUGAAUUUUUAUGUAUUUAUGCUUGUUCUCCUGCUAUCCAUGUACCGGUAGUACUAUCAGUUUGAUCUAUACUGUAUCGAUGUGUAACACUAUUUUCUGGUUCCAGGGGCAGAUCCAGUAUCUCCUGAAAGGUUUUUUUUUUGUUCAGAAAUCCUGACGAGCCAAGAAAAGGUCUUCAUUCCCGAUUGAAGGAGAUUUAUGUCAUGAAAAAUUUGACAAGCCAAAAAAUAAAAAUGGAAUAAAAUUAUAAAAAUACAAAUGGGGGCAGGGGAGGGGGGGGGGUUGCAUGGGUCAGAUGUGCCCCCCUGGAUACGCCAUUGCAUUGUUCUAAUUUCAUAGUGUAUCUGGUUCAAGUUCUGUUAAUGUUUAUAUCAUAUCUGCUAAAAACUACAUAAAAAAGGUUCAAAUCCAGAAGUUAAAUUGUUCAAAAUAUUGAAAUCAUUGCUUUGGAUUGGACAGUGUGACUUAUCUUCUUUAAAAAAAAAAACAUUUAUUCAUGUAUACAAAUUUUGUAGAGUUGGGUGGUUUGGCUGACGACUUUUUGGUCUGUUGCAAAUUUAGUGUACCAAACUACUGUCACAGUUCGGAAAGUGUCAGUUACCGGGGUCAGUUACUGUAUUGUCUUGUAUUAAUUGCUUAUCAUGGCAAUGAGUUGUAAAAAUUUUGUGGAGGGAACUACUUUCUCAUUAUUUCUCCACCUACUAAAAUGUCUAUGGACCUUAUUAUACCAAUGACAAAGUUAUAUUAGUUCUAUGCUUUCUUUCUAUAUUGAAUUUCCAUUAUAACUGAAUGUGCUUGGUCUUUUUAAUAUAUCAUGUCAAUUUUUUUCACUACAUUGUAUAUUAUACAUAUACUUUUUUUUCAAAAUAUUUGGAUGAAAGUGUUCAGAAAUGCGCAGGAUAAAAUUUGCAUUAAAUGCAUAGAUAAUUGAUAUAUGCAUUUUCUAAUGAGUAUUGUGCUUAGGAAUGAACAUCCAUGAUGAUAUGAAUAAAAGUACAAAUAUUAUUUACAA